GUUGAAGUAAGAAGAUGCAGGUUCUACAAGUGCUCUCACUGACUCUGCUGUCCGUCUUGGCAGCCAGCGCUCAGACCUUUGUUUCUGGGAAAUGCCCCAACCCUCCCGUCCAGGCUAACUUCGAUGUUGCCAGGUACCUGGGCAGGUGGUAUGAGAUCCAGAAGCUGCCUGCCGUCUUCCAGAAGGGGGAGUGCAGCCAGGCCACCUACAGCCUGAAGGGCCCUGGAGUGGUUACUGUUCUGAACGAGGAGCUGCUGGAUGAUGGAACCAUCAAUUCCAUCUCUGGCUCUGCCAUGGCCAUGGACCCUGCAGAGCCUGCAAAGCUAGGAGUCAGCUUCUUCGAGGGCUCUCCUCCUGCUCCUUACUGGGUGCUGUCCACCGACUAUGACAGCUACACCCUGGUCUAUGGCUGCACUGACUUCCUGGGCCUGCUGCACGUGGACUUUGCCUGGAUCCUGAGCAGAGAGAGGACCCUCUCCACUGACACCGUGGAGGAGCUACGCAGCAUCCUGAUGUCUCACGGCAUCCCUGGUGACAAGCUCCUGGUCGGCGACCAGAGCAUCUGCAGCAGCAUGCCUCAGUGAUAGAGACUCCUGACUUUAGUCUGGGCUAGAGAAGCCAAAUGGAUGGGUAUGACAUGUGGUGCAUACCCAAUGUGGUUGAUCGGCUUGGUUGUGCUUGUGCUGUUUCUUGUGAUGUCUGUGUACAUCUGUGCAAUACAACUUCAACUGGAACAGAGA